AAGACAUGGGAUGAGACCGUAGACCAAGACGGGGAUAUGAUUACCAGUAAUGACACCACUGUUGAUGUGUCUGACAAUAAGGACAUUAGGACUAACUAUUCUGAGUUUCCAGACCACCUAAGAGUGUAUGUAUACGUUAGACAAGUCAAUGAUAUUGAUAUUGAUUUCAAAGAGGACUCCAUUGAAGUGCGUUAUAAGACUGAGACUCAAGAGGACAAAGACGUGACAUAUUUGUUGCGAAAAGAGUUGUUGUAA